CCACCCGUCAUGGCGUCGCUCGUGCCGACCACGCUCGACGAGCACACGGUCCCAAACAUCCUCGCUCAACUCGACGCGACGCUGUAUCCUGCGCCGACGUCUGGUCUACUCGCCCGCAUGGCUGUCCUGUGGACGUUGACUGGGCUGAGCAUCAUCGUCGCGGUCCUCUACCUCUACCUGCACUACCAGAACACGAUCGAUCGUCGGCGUUCUCUGUGGCUCGUGCGCCUCGUUGACCGGCCGAGCGGCCGCUUCGUCGUCAUCAACCCUCGGCCUGCUCUCACGGGCGUCGUCAUUAUCUACAGCAUCUAUGCGCUCGUCUACGAGGGCGCGUUCUGGUACGUGUACAGCACGCGGUGUGCGCAGAACCUGUACAUCGGCGUGCGCAACUUCAACCCGGUCCCGCUCUUUAUCGGCGGCUGGAUCUUGUCGUGGAGCGGCCUGCAGGCUUUCCUCGUCGCCGUCGAGUCGGAGCGCAAGUUCAUGUCGGCAAGGACCGCCAACACCUUCUUCAUCGUGGGCGGCACCCUCCUUGUCCUGUCGAGCGUGGGUAUCGGCAUCUACACGACGAUCAUGACCGUGCGGAUCCUCGAUCGCUACAACGAGCUGCGGGCCGCCCUGGUCGAGCUCGAGCGCUCGCUCGGCUCGCGCGUCCCGGCUCUCCUCGACCUCAUCCCGCUCCAGUUGCCGGCCGAGGCUUUCGUGUCUGCCGCAAACGGUGCUCGAAGGGCCGGCAUCGUCCAAGGCGCUGCGGGACCUUUUCUCCUCCUGCCCAUCGCCAUCUCGAACAUCGGCGGCAUCGCCCUGGCCAUCCGCAUGCGCCGGCAGAUCCGCGAGAGCAUCAAGGUCCUCGCCGACGGCGUCGCGACUGUGGCGCCCUCGACCACUCGAGCUCGCAUCGACGCCCGCGAGGUGCGCGCCAUGGCGCGACAGCGGCCCGGCGAGCGUGCGACGGUGACGACGGCGCACGCCCGCAAGAUCAUGGCGCUGCAGAAGGCCGCCAAGGACCUGCUCGCUACUACCUCCGUCAUCGCCUUUGUCUCGCUCUGCCUCUUCUUCGUCGUCGCAUGGAUCGCCUGGUGCUCGGUCACCAACAAAUUGAGCGACACGUCCAACAACUGGCCUUAUGUCGAGUCGACGGCCUUGCUCUCCGAGUGGAUAUACGCCAUCGCCAUCACGACCUCGCUCUUCUACCUCCUGUACAACGCCGUGCGCGCUCGCCGCCGCAUCCCCGACCUCGAGGCGGCCUCGCCCGGUGCCGUUCGGCCCGUCCUCGUCGGCGUGGGUCCCGGCGCCGGCAGCAUGGAUCUCGGCGAGAAGAGCACGUCGCUACCGCACGAGCAGGAGCAGGUCGAGGUCGAGAUGGCCGAGUCGGAUCCGUCGGCGAGUGAGUUGCCGUCCUUCGCGAGGGAGCAGGGCGACAGCGCCGCCGGGCUCCUCCCGCCGGCCACGGCGAGCGACGCCGGACGUCGUCCUCUGUCGCCCGCUCGGAGCUGGGCCUCGUUCGCGUCGAACCGGGAGGGCAGUGACUCGAGCCCGGGAGGUUGGCGGUCGAGCUGGCUCGGUCGAGGUGCGGCGCCCAAGUUGGCGAGUCCGGCGGCGUCCAUCAUGGUCACGGUCGAGACGUCGCAGGUGUGCGACGACGGCUCUCGGACGAUGUGUGCGCCCUGGGACGGCCGAGACGUGCCCUCGAGCCGGUGAGGGAGCCCGCUCGUUUUCUCUUCUUCUCGCACUUGUACUGCCUCGAACCUCGUUGUUGUACACUCGGUAGUGCACAUGGAUCAUGCUGUCGUACUUUG